GUCAGGGUGACGACUUUUGUUUGAAAAUCUCAUUGUUACCACUACUUUCAACAUGGAACACGACUUUUUAAGAAAAGAAGAGGAAUUAAGAAAACAAAAUAAACAAUUAGAAAUGAAAACGAAAGAAAUUCUGCAAAAAGUGGACGAUAUCGUUCACAACAUGAGGGACUUCAAACUUGAAGAUACAAAACCAAUAGAACCCAGAGAACUACACUUGCCUAAAAGUGUAGAGGAGAUGGGAACAAAAGGAAUGAUCCAUUUCUACAAGACAAAAAUUAAAGCGCUUCAGGAGGACCUUAUAAAGACCCAAAAUGAACUCAAAAUCAAGAAUGAAGAACUAAAAAAAUUUCAACGAGAACAUCAAGCUGUCGCUGAGGAGAAAGAAAAAUGGUUUUUGCAAUACAAUGUUCAGAAAAAUGCUAACGUCAAACAGGAAAAACAAAUUUCAGCUUACAACUCGAAGCUACAGCUGAAAGAAACUGAAAAUGUUGCAUUAAAAAAAGAAAAUGAGCAACUAAGAAAUGAUUUGAAAAAUAUAUCUAGUGAGUUAAGCGUUUGUGAAAAUCGUCUAAAGCGCACAAUGCAGGAACUUGAGAAGAAUAGAACUGCGAUGAACACUUUAAGACAAGAAGAAAAAGAGACUAAAGAAGCAUUUAGAAACAACAUAAAGGAACUCACCGCUACAGUAAAACAGAUCCAGAAGCAUAAAAAUGAAUUAUUGCAAGGAUACAAAAAGCAGAUCCAACUUAUCAACAAUCUCAAAAAACAAAAGGAUCACGUGGAAUCUUGUAAAGUGUUGGAACUUGCAGAGUCUGACUUCCUUAAAUUACUAGAAUGGAAACUAGAUUAAAACAAAUGUAUCUUUUUGUAGAAACUUUUAUUCUCUCGUCACAUAUAAAAAUAUAACAAAGAUCGCAUU